AUGAGAGUUUCAACCUCGGCCAGCGCUCUCGCUGCGCUGUCUUUCGCUUCGUCCACGUUCGCUCUUUCGAACUCUACUGCUUCAACCACAAGCGCUAUUCUGUCUGACGGAUAUGUCUCAUUCGGUCGCUACGAUGAUGCCUACCAAAAGGCCAAAGCUUUUGUCGCUACGCUCAACAAUGCCCAGAAAGUCUCCAUCAUCACCGGACAAAGCGUCACCGGUAACGCCACCUGGACGGCGUUGAAUAACAAAGAUGGCGCUUCUGGCAUCAACUACCAGUUUUAUGUUUCCGGUUUCUCCAUGGCCAACGCCUUGACUAUGAGCUGGAACCGUCAGCUCUAUGAGCAGCAGUUCAAGGCCAUUGGCGACGAGUUUUAUGGCAUGGGUUACAACCUUAUCAAUGGUCCCGUGGCCGGUCCUCUCGGGCGGACCCCGUACGGUGGACGGACCCCCGAGAGUUUCGGUGCGGACCCCUACCUCACCGGUAUUGCCAUGGGUAAGGCCAUUUCUGGCAUGAACUCUGCCGGUGUCAUUGCUGGUGGCCGCCACUUCCUCCUGAACGAGCAGGAGACGAACCGAUCCUCCAGUCUUUCUUCGAGCAGCACUAGCGUCUACUCCUCCAACGCCGACGACAAGACGAUUCACGAGCUCUAUGGCUGGCCUUUUGCCGAUGGUGUCCAAGCCGGUAUGAUGGCCGUGAUGUGUGGCAUGACCCGCGUCAACGACACCCUCUCUUGCGAGAACAACGACCUCAUCAGCGCCGUCCUCAAGAAAGAGAUGGGUUACCUUGGCCUCGUUUUCCCCGACGUCAACUCUCAGACCACUUCCUACGGGUCUGCCAACGCCGGUCUUGACUACGGUUCAAGCAGCCUCUGGACUGAAGACAUUUUCAAUGCUGGCAUCAACAAUGGUAGCUUUACCCAGGACCGUCUCGACGACAUGGCCGUUCGCAACGUCAUUGGCUACUACUACGUCGGUCUCGAUGACGGCAAGCAGCCUUCCAAGGCCGGAACCACUGAGUACCGCGACGUCCGUGGCAACCAUUCCAAGCUCAUCCGCCAGGUCGCCGGCGAAUCCAUCGUCCUGCUCAAGAACUCCAACGUAUCCGGCCUCGGACUGCCUCUGAAGAAGCCUCGCACCAUCUCUCUCUUUGGCGCUCACGCCGGCCCCGCUCUUGCUGGUCCCAACCAGCCCUUCAGUGUCGUAGGAACCGAUAGCGACGUCUAUCAGGGUCACCUUGUCACUGGCACUGGCUCCGGUCAGCUCUCCCUCCCCUACGUUGUCACCCCCUUCCAGGCCAUCUCUUCCCGUGCCAUUGAGGACAACAGCAUGAUCUGGUGGAUUCUGAACAAUACCUACACUUCUUCUUCUUCUGGCGGCGCGGGUGGUGGCAUGGGCGGCGGUGGUAGCUCUCCCGGCGGGUUCUCUGGAAACAGCACCGGAGGCGGCAUGGGUGGUGGUAUGGGCGGCAACAGCACUGGCGGUGGAAUGGGCGGCGGCGGCGGCGGCGGCCUUGGCAACCUGGGAUCGGGCACUGCCACGACCCCUUCAUUCACUAACUACGCCGAGAACUCCGAAGUCUGCAUUGCCUUCAUCAACUCGUACUCCGGCGAGGGUGGUGACCGCAGUGCGCUGUUCGACGAUGAACAGGACACCAUGGUCACCUCUGUCGCCUCCAACUGCAACAACACCGUCGUCGUGGUCAACACUGCUGGUCCCCGUCUCCUCGAUGCUUGGAUCGAGCACGAGAACGUCACCGCCGUUAUCUACUCUGGUCUCCUUGGUCAGGAGAGCGGCAACGCCAUCGCUGAUGUCUUGUACGGCGACGUCAACCCCAGCGGCAAGCUCACCCACACCAUUGCCAAGAGCGCCGAUGACUACCCCGUCUCGAUCUGCUACACUGCGGAGUGCGACUUCACCGAGGGUGUCUCCAUCGACUACCGCUACUUCGACCUGAAGAACAAGACCGUUCGCUACCCCUUCGGCCACGGUCUCAGCUACACUUCCUUCUCCUACGGCGAGGUUGACGCCAAGGUCACCAACCAGUCCGCGAUCGACUCCAAGUACCCCACCGGUACUCUGGUCCCCGGCGGCCAGGAGGACUUGUGGGAGGAGGUUAUCAGCGUCAAGUCGACCGUCAAGAACGAUGGCGGUCUCCAGGGUGCCGAGGUUGCCCAGCUUUACAUCAGCUUCCCUACUGAGGCCGCCCAGCCUCCUCGCAUCCUUCGCGGUUUUGCAAAGAUUGAUCUAGCACCUGGUGCCGCUGGCGACGUCACUUUCAGCCUCCGCAGACGUGAUAUCAGCUACUGGGAUACCGCUGCGCAGAAGUGGGCUAUUGCCAGCGGAAAGUACACCUUUUCUGUCGGUGCCAGCUCGCGGGAUAUCCGCGCUACUGCUGACAUGACUAUCUAA